CGCGUGUGACGCAACAAGUAUGCAUGUUCAAUGGUCGCGACGUAUUAAUAAUUUCACUUAAGCCGUGUUCUGGUUACUUCGAGCAUGCUGUUGUUGGUGAGCGGGCAACAUACGAAGCAUCGUCAGUGAUAUAACCGUCAGCUGAUCGUUGAUUACGCACCUGAGCGCGUAUCGUCGUAUCAUCGGCUCAGUCGCGUCAGUCACAUUCCAGAGGAACGUCAAAAUGAAGAACGGCAACCAAAUCAUGGCGGAGGCUCUGAAGAAGCAGGGUCUGACUUACGUCUUCGGCAUCAUGGGUCACCCUGUGAUCGAACUGGCCAUGUGCAUGCAAGCCGUCGGCCUGGAGUACCUGGGCUUCCGGAACGAGCAAGCCGCGUGUUACGCCGCGCAAGCCUACGGAUACCUGACGCAAAAACCUGCGGUGGUGUUGUGCGUGUCCGGCCCGGGCGUACUGCACGUCAUCGGCGGUAUGGCGAACGCGCAGGUGAACUGCUGGCCGGUACUCGUCCUGGGCGGAUCUUGUCCUCAGGAUCACGAAGGGAUCGGCGGAUUUCAGGAGUGGCCGCAGGUCGAAGCAUGCCGACCUUACUGCAAAUACGCCGCUAGGCCACCCUCGGCCACCCUCAUACCGAUGCACGUCGAGAAAGCUGUGCGACUGGCCACUUACGGUAGACCAGGCGCCGCGUAUCUCGACUUACCUGCCACAUUGUUGACGCAGAAUGUCGAGGAGAACAAAAUAACGAAGGUCGUGCCUUGUCCACCGUCGCCGUUGUCGUAUCCCGACGUGAGAUUGAUCGAACGGGCGGUGGAUAUACUGAUGGCAUCGAAGAGACCAUUAGUGAUAGUUGGCAAGGGAGCCGCUUACGGUAGAGCUGAGGACGCGGUGCGAGAGCUGAUUUCUUUGACGGCUGCGCCUUUCCUGCCGACCCCCAUGGGUAAAGGAGUCGUACCAGACACGAACGAGCAUUGCGUCUCCAGCGCGCGGACGUUCGCUUUGCAGCAAUCCGAUGUAGUGCUGUUAUUGGGCGCGAGACUGAACUGGAUGCUCCAUUUUGGCCGACCACCCAGGUUUCAGGAAACCAUCAAAGUCAUACAGAUUGACUUGUGCGCCGAAGAACUGCACAAUUCCGUACCGUCCGCCGUUGCCAUACAGUCCGACAUUGCGCCAGCAACGAAUCUUUUGGCGUGCGCGUUGAAAAGUCGAAAGUGGCGAGUCGACCGACGUGGCACAUGGUGGAGCGAGCUCGUGGAGAAAGUCAAGAAGAAUAAGCAAUUGCUUCACCGCAUGUCGUUGGACACCAACGUGCCCCUGAAUUAUUACACGGUCUUUACACAUAUUCAAGAUGUCAUACCGAAAGAUUGUAUCAUUUGCUCCGAGGGAGCUAAUACAAUGGAUAUUGGUAGAACUAUCCUCUUGAACGAUUUGCCUCGUCAUAGAUUGGACGCCGGCACAUUCGGCACUAUGGGCGUAGGGCUCGGAUUCGCGAUCGCAGCCGCUCUUUAUUGCAAAGAGAGAGCACCGAGGAAAAGGGUGAUUUGCGUGGAAGGAGACAGCGCUUUCGGAUUUUCCGGAAUGGAGAUUGAGACGAUGUUUCGGUACAAAUUGCCGGUGAUUAUUAUAAUUGUGAAUAAUAAUGGUAUAUACGGUGGUCUUGAUAAGGAGACCUUCAGACAAGUGCAAUCAUCUGGAGAUCCUACGCAAGUAACUCCUCCAUUUUCCUUAACGUCCGAAACUCAUUAUGAAAAGAUGAUGGAGAUGUUUGGAAGGAAAGGACACUUUUGUACCACAGUGCAGGAUAUACAACAGGCAUUGAAACUAUCUUUCCAGGUAACUGAUAGUCCCAGUUUGAUCAAUAUUAUGAUUAACCCACAAGCAGAUCGUAAGGAACAAAAAUUCAACUGGUUGACAGAAUCAAAACUAUAAGCAUAUGGAGGAUUGUCUAUGGUAAAUUGUAAAGUUAGAAUAUUACUUAUGCUAUAGC